AGCUACGAUUACAAGCCGUUAGAGUGAUGAGAACUCCACCUGGUAUAUACAAAGUUCCCUGAUGGAACAACGGAACAAGUCAAUCGCGUGCGGUCAGUUGAACGCGUAGGAUCAUUGAGUGAUUCGAGGGUUCGAAGAGAAUUUGUUUCCUUUAGAACUUAAUCAACUAAAAAAAAAAAAUAUAUAAUAAUUUAAUUUAAACGAGUGAUAAUUGCCUAUAUUUUUUUUAAAUUUUUAAUUAAAAACAGUGAAUUUCGCGAAUUUUUGUAUAUUAAAAAUAACAAGAUGAUUUUUAAAUACAAAAAUAUUGAACAAAGAUGCAGUGGUCUGAUUUUUGUGCUCAUUGAACUUUGUUUUUUGAUAGAACUGAUGAGCAAAAAUAUUUACGCAUAUCCCCAUCAAAAUUAUCAAAAUGGUACACAAAUUGAUUUUGAAAGUAAAAAAGGAAGAAGAAUAGAAAGAUACGCUUCAAAUUAUGAAGAUAGUAAUGCGUCAUUCAAAAUUUUGUCAAGAAUUCAAGAAAAAGAAGGCUUAUCACAAAGGGAAAGUAUGUUAUCAGAUGCUCAAAUUGUUUUUCCUGAUCAAAAAAAAGUACCUUCCUGUAGAGGAUCUACUUUUUGCGAAAAAGUAGAUUCUUAUCCUGAAGAUGUUGUAAAUACUGCGAUUCAAAAAAACGGUAUUAAAUACUUGGCUACAGUAGAUAUAUUGUCUGAUAUAUCAGAGAGAAUCGAUUUCAUGGACGACAGCCCUCUUUGUCAGUCUAAUGAGCGAGUUAUAUUUCCUAAAUCAGCACAAAAUAAAGAUAGUGAAUGGAAAUAUAUUGCGAACCAAGAAAAUUUUAAACAAGGUGUACGAGUUGAAAUAUGUCAAAAAAAAGACACAACAUGUAACGUGAUAGGAAAUCUUCCUUUAGGUUACAAAUCAAUUUGUAAACAAAAAUAUAUUCAAAGAGAACUUCUGUCUAUAUCGUCAAACGGUUCAAUGUCUCCAGAUACUUUCUUACUUCCAUCAAGUUGUUGUUGCUAUGUAACAUUUACUACAAAUACACGAAUGAGUUUUAAAAGCCAAAGUUAAUCGUUCGUGAAUCGUCACGUCAGAGACGCAAACGCGAUGAAAUAUCAACUUUUAAUGGAGCAAUUAAUGUAAAGUAAUAGAUACUUGACAGUCAUUUUUUAUGUAAUUGUUUCGCGAAUAAAAUCAAAUUUUAAUUUUUUA